UAUGAUUGCAAUGAAUACUGUCCAUCUACGUCUAGUUAUUGAUAUUCCUACGCCGUAAUUUCAAUACGAUUUUUGUAGCCAUCAAGGCUCACGUCCUUACAUAUAGUGGCAUUAGGUAUUCCGUUACACGGGCACCAUUGCCACAUAACGAUGCAAAAUUUGUUUCAACUAUAUAAAAGCGUGCACCCCAUUUUCUAUCGCGCGCAUUUCGAUUUGAAAGAGGUAUCGCGGGGGACAUUGCUGCGAUGAUUGUGACGGUUAUAUUGUUGCUGACAACAUGCGGAAUCGUCCAAAGCUCGGAGACACACGCAGUGGCACCAGCGGGUGUUGCGCCGGUUGUGACAGCUGCUAGCUCGCAGUACUUCGAGAGAACGUUCAAUCGUUUGGUCGCAGUUCCUCCGUUACAACCAGUACUGCCAUUAGCACCAGCUCCUGUGGCACCAGCCGCUGUUGCACCAGUUGCGCCUCCAUCAAUACUGUCAGUGUUGCCAAUUGCGCCCGCCCGCCCGCCAGUUGUUGUGGAUGCAACAAGAACAACAGCGGAGCCACCACCAUUACCACCACCUUCGAAUCCUUUAGACCCUAAUAUUGCCAUCGCAAUCGCAACAGCGCAAGCCGCACCAGUUGCAACUAUUCUCCUGCCACCUUAUCCAUUCGGAUUCCCACCGUCAUUUGGACUUCUACCGCAACCACCGCAAGCACCAUCAGAUACCAGAGAAUCAACGACGUCAAAAACAACAACAACUAUUCAAGCGACAACAACACAAAAAGAAGAAGACCCUACAACACCUGUCCCGUCAAACAUAGAUAACGCUUUCGCUCAAGCUCCAUCAAAUCAGGAUGUCAACUUCAGGCAAUAUUUGGCACCACAAUUACCUGGACAAGGGAUAGCCACUCAGCAACCGGCUCUGAGACCACAACAAAUUCCUGAUCCUAAUCAACAGUUUCCCGGUCCCAAUCAACAGUAUCCCGGUUCCAAUCAACAGUAUCCUGGCCCCAAUCAACAAUUCCCCGGUCCCAACCCACAGUUUCCCGGUCCCAAUCAACAGUAUCCCGGUCCCAAUCAACAAUUCCCCGGUCCCAAUCAACAAUUCCCCGGUCCCAACCAACAGUUUCCCGGUCCUAAUCAACAGUUUCCUGGUCCAAACCAACAGGUCCCUGGGCCUAAUCAACAUUUUCCCGAUCCUAAUCAACAGUUACCCGGUCCUAGACCACAACAGUUCCCUGGCACUAAUUCAAGGCCAAACCCAAUUCCGUUACCCAAUCCACAACAAUUCCCAUUACCUAACUCAUGGCCACAGAGCAUCCCUCAACAUUUGCCUCUGCCAGAUGCAAGGCCCAUUAAAUUUAAAACUAAUGUUGAAGUAGUACCUGUACCGCUGGCAUAUAUUGCACCACCUUCACCUCAUCAACAUCAUCAUCAUAAUCACCAUCAUCAUCAUCAUCAUCAAUCAUUGAAAGUGAUCCCCCAUGUUCACACGUUUGUACCAAAGACUUCCAAAAUCAUCAUUAGGCCUGUAACUGCGUUAAGAAUUAGAACGUUAAGAACACCCGUACCUUUUGCGACGUAUGGACCACCUAAAUUAGUAAAACGACUGGCUUUGAACUAUCCACGUAAAAUCAGAUCACGUGAUACUGAACUCACUACCUUUAAACCUAUAAACAGGCAGUUUACUAAACCACAAAGGUUAUAAGUUAUUAAUAAAAUAAAUGUUAUAAGCUAUCCUAAAUAAAAUGUACACUUGUUAAUAUUGUCACUGUAAUUGUAAGUAUCACAAUGAUGUAAAUACAAUAUUUAUACUUUUA